GAAAAAAAUAGCGUAAUAUCGAUUAGUGAGAGCUCGUCUCCAUGGCGGCGUUCAAAUUAUGCUGCAUUCAUUGCGGGGCCGACACGGAUGAGCUCCACCACGUGUUCUGCGGUACUCUGAGGCUCCGUGAGUGUGGAAAAUGCGGGAAAUUCGUGGACGAGUUACUCGAAGUCGAACCGAUGAUCAUUGGAGUGAAGCUCUUCCUCCAACGCAAAGAAGUUUACCGGCAUUUCUGUCGGAACGCUCUCGGUGAUCUACCCCUCCAAGUGCCAAUCAUUCUGCUUGCGAUAGAGAUGUUCCUCGCUUGGACCAUCUACAAUCAAGCCGGAGACUUCGAUUCAACGGUUGAUGGGUUCAAAUGGAACGUGGUGCGUAUCAUCACGCAGGUGCUCCUUGGCUGGAUCGCUCACGUUCUGACGGUCUGUGUUGCCCUUCGCCUGUUUUCGAAUGACUUCUUCAAAAUGUCCCGCAUAUUCUUCAUCAUUGUCGUGGCGAGUUUCUGCAAACUCUUCAACCUCGGUGUUCUCCUCUGGAGUCCACCCGAGUGUCACGAAUACGCAGCUUACGUGGUCGAAGGCUGUUGGCUCCUGGCUCAAUAUCGGAUGCUACAAUGUAGUCUCGAGGGGCGUCCUCUCUGCAGUGCGCUGAUCGUGAGCUGCGCGGCGUAUUCGAAGUUUGCGGCGAGCAGCUGCGAUUCGAUAUCCGUGUUCGCAGCCGACUCCUUAUCCCAAUAUUUUUGAAGAUGAUUCAGCACCAACGUCCGGUGCGAAUGGUUGUGAGACCCUUGCGAUCGUUGCUCGUUUCGAACGGCUUUGGAGAAGACUUUAUUCGGGGGUUGAAUAAACAUUGGCAGAGAUGAUUAGCUUUU